GGCGGGGACCCGGAGCAGGAAGAUGGCGGCGGCGCAGGAGGCGGACGGGGCCGGCAGCGCCGUGGUGGCGGCCGGGGGAGGCAGCUCUGGUCAGGUGACCAGCAAUGGCAGCAUUGGGAGGGACACGCCAGCCGAGACCCAGCCUCAGAACCCUCCACCCCAGCCAGCCCCCAACGCCUGGCAGGUCAUCAAAGGCGUUCUGUUCAGGAUCUUCAUCAUCUGGGCCAUCAGCAGCUGGUUCCGCCGAGGACCAUCCCCUCAGGACCAGUCAGGCCCUGGAGGGGCCCCACGUGUCGCCAGCCGAAACCUAUUCCCCAAAGACACUCUAAUGAACCUGCACGUGUACAUCUCCGAGCACGAGCACUUCACAGACUUCAACGCCACCUCAGCGCUCUUCUGGGAGCAGCACGACCUGGUGUAUGGGGACUGGACCAGCGGGGAGAACUCGGACGGCUGCUAUGAGCACUUUGCAGAGCUGGACAUCCCACAGAGUGUACAGCAGAAUGGCUCCAUCUAUAUCCAUGUCUACUUCACCAAGAGUGGCUUCCACCCAGACCCCCGGCAGAAGGCCCUGUACCGCCGCCUCGCCACGGUCCACAUGUCCCGGAUGAUCAACAAAUACAAGCGUAGGCGAUUUCAGAAAACCAAGAACCUACUGACAGGAGAGACAGAAGCUGACCCGGAAAUGAUUAAGAGGGCUGAGGACUAUGGCCCUGUAGAAGUAAUCUCGCACUGGCACCCUAACAUCACCAUCAACAUCGUGGAUGACCACACGCCAUGGGUGAAGGGCAGUGUACCACCCCCACUGGACCAAUAUGUGAAGUUCGAUGCCGUGAGUGGCGACUACUAUCCCAUCAUCUAUUUCAAUGACUACUGGAACCUGCAGAAGGAUUACUACCCUAUUAACGAGAGCCUGGCCAGCCUGCCACUACGUGUGUCCUUCUGCCCACUGUCACUAUGGCGCUGGCAACUCUAUGCCGCACAGAGUACCAAGUCACCCUGGAACUUCUUAGGUGACGAGCUGUACGAGCAAUCGGACGAGGAGCAGGACUCAGUGAAGGUCGCCCUGCUGGAGACCAGCCCGUAUCUUCUGGCCCUCACCAUCAUCGUCUCCAUUGUCCACAGUGUCUUCGAGUUCCUGGCUUUCAAAAAUGACAUUCAGUUCUGGAACAGCCGUCAGUCCCUGGAGGGGUUGUCUGUGCGCUCCGUCUUCUUUGGCGUUUUCCAGUCCUUUGUGGUUCUUCUUUACAUCCUGGACAAUGAGACCAACUUUGUGGUACAGGUCAGCGUCUUCAUUGGGGUCCUCAUCGACCUCUGGAAGAUUACCAAGGUCAUGGACGUCCGGCUGGACCGGGAGCAUAGAGUGGCAGGAAUCUUCCCUUACCCAACCUUCAAAGACAAAUCCACCUACAUUGAGUCUUCGACGAAAGUAUAUGAUGACAUGGCGUUCCGGUACCUGUCCUGGAUCCUCUUUCCCCUGCUGGGCUGCUAUGCCGUCUACAGCCUUCUGUACCUGGAGCACAAGGGCUGGUACUCCUGGGUGCUCGGCAUGCUCUACGGGUUCCUGCUGACCUUCGGCUUCAUCACCAUGACACCGCAGCUCUUCAUCAACUACAAGCUCAAGUCCGUGGCGCAUCUGCCAUGGCGAAUGCUCACCUACAAGGCCCUCAACACGUUCAUUGACGACUUGUUUGCCUUUGUCAUCAAGAUGCCUGUCAUGUACCGGAUUGGCUGCCUGCGGGACGAUGUGGUUUUCUUCAUCUACCUCUACCAACGGUGGAUCUACCGCGUCGACCCCACCCGUGUGAACGAGUUCGGUAUGAGUGGAGAGGAUGUCGCAGCAGCGGCGUCCGGGGCCCAGGCGUCCACUGCAGCAGGGGCUCUCACACUUGCGCCCAGCACAGCUGUUACCGGAGAGGAUGCCUCCACAGUCCCAGAGGCCACGCCUGGGGCCUGCACUGCCAGCCAGCCCCAGGAAGCCCCUCCAAAGCCAGCAGAGGACAAGAAAAAGGAUUAGCCACUGCAGUCCUCCUUAUCUGCUCCUGGUGACUGACCACCACCCACCUCCCGGGCCCCUCCCUUACCCUUCCUGUCGCCCUCUUCCUGGACAGAUCAGGCCGGGGCGGCAGGAGGCCCCCAGGGCCAGGGCCCAGUGUGUGAGAUGGGGCCAGGCAGGCCGGGGCUGGCUGUGUAUGUGGAGGCCCCGUCUGUCGUCUGUUUAUCCGUCUGUCCUUACGUGUUCGCAGACAUCUCGCCCUGCCAGCCCAGUACCAUCGGGAAUCAUGGUGAAGCCAAUAUGGCGCCGAGGGUGGGCCAGGCGGGGAAGGGGCCAGGGCUCCCCUGUGGGAUGCCUGUGGUCCUCCAUCAUCUUGUCCCUCAUCCCCUGACCACCCUGCUCCCAGACCGCCGCCCUUUAACACAGUCUGGAUUUAAUAAAUUCAUAUGGGUGUUUAACUUA